ACGGUUCUGAUCAUUUCUGAAACCACCCCAUUGCGUUCGAUUUUAAUUGAUUUUCUUGAAAAGAUAUCAGCGGUCUUGGUUGAUUGGGAUUGGCCCACGUACACUCCUCUUCUGUGCCCCUUUUCUCUCUAAUAAGUUGACCGAGUCGAUCUUCGUUUCUCUUUUUCCACCUCUGUGUCUUUAGAAGCUCGAGAUGAGGAGCACAUCUGAGCCAUGUUGAAUCUCAUUUGACUUGGUAUUUAGAUCUUGAUAUCUAAGAAGGCCUGAACAUGGAUCUUGAAGAGAAAGAUCCCCAACAAGCACCUUUUACACGGCAGAACUGGGAAGAUUCAUCUAUUUUAGAUUACAGCACCAGGAUCAAGUCGCCUUUCCAGGAAUUCGACCAAACUCAUCCUUCGAUGUUGUCUGAUAACCAAAUCAAAUUCCUUAUCCAAGAAGGUGCCCUUAAUGAAUUGCUUCAAGCCAGUGAAGUCCAAGACUGGGAUCCGAGUGCGAUGCUAAACAAUCUUUCGUUCCUUGAGCAGAAGAUCCACCAGCUUCAGGAUUUGGUGCAUUUAAUCAUUGGCCGGAAGGGCCAAGUGUUGGGGCGACCGGAUGAACUUGUUGCUCAGCAGCAGCAGCUGGUUACAGCUGAUCUCACGUCGAUAAUAGUUCAGUUGAUAUCUACUGCUGGUAGUCUUCUCCCAUCUGGUAAGAGUACUCUUUCUGUAGCCACUCCAUCUCUCGAACAAACUGGGCAGUUUGGUGGAGUCGUCUUCCCUUCUGCGCAAGGGCUGAAUGAUGGAGUUCAUCCCCAAAAUGGUUGUGGAAGCAAAGUCUCUGAGCUUCCGAACUCUGUUGAUAUUAGUCGUAAGAAUGGAAAUGAGCAGAAUCAUGUAAUCGAGGAACAUGAAUUAAAAGAUGAGGAAGAUGUGGAGGAAGGAGAAAGCCUUUUACCUGACACGUAUGAGAUAUUGCAGUUAGAAAAGGAAGAAAUCCUUGCACCCCACACUCACUUCUGCACUAUAUGUGGAAAAGGAUUCAAAAGAGAUGCAAAUUUACGGAUGCACAUGAGAGGUCACGGAGAUGAGUACAAAACACCUGGAGCACUUGCAAAACCCACUAAAGAAUCCUGCUCCGAACCAGCUAUUAUUAAGAGGUAUUCCUGCCCUUAUGCUGGUUGCAAGCGGAACAAGGAUCACAAGAAGUUUCAGCCUCUGAAGACCAUUUUAUGCGUCAAAAACCAUUACAAGAGAACCCACUGUGACAAAAGCUACAUUUGCAGCAGAUGCAAUACCAAGAAAUUCUCGGUAAUUGCCGAUCUGAAAACUCAUGAGAAGCAUUGUGGUAAAGAUAAAUGGCUUUGUUCUUGCGGCACCACAUUUUCAAGGAAAGAUAAGCUGUUUGGGCAUAUUGCUCUUUUCCAAGGUCACACUCCAGCCAUUCCUUCAGAAGAAGUUAAAGCACCCGUUUGGCCAUCUGAUCGAGGGGACGGCGAUCAAGCCGCAAAUAAGGUUGGUAGCAUGAACAUCAACUUUUCCUCUAAUGUUUCUAGUGAAAAUGAGGCUCAAAGUAGUAUGGAUAUUAAAGGGAGCAUCAAUGACCCUGCUGGUUAUUUCUCUCCGUUGAACUUCGAUACAUGUAAUUUUGGUGGGUUUCAUGAAUUCCCUCGGCCACCAUAUGAUGAUUCUGAGAGUUCGUUUGCAUUUCUCCUUUCCGGGUCCUGUAGUUACCCUCAGAAAAGUGGAGAAGACUAAAACCUUAAUAA